UCUCACCACAACCAUCACCUCCAGCCGAUCGCACACGUCCAUAACUAUCCCGAAAUCGACACAACAUGCGUUCCAAGUUCAAGGAUGAGCACCCCUUCGAGAAGCGCAAGGCUGAGGCCGAGCGUAUCCGGCAGAAGUACCCUGACCGCAUUCCGGUGAUCUGCGAGAAGGCGGACAGGACGGACAUCCCGACUAUUGACAAGAAGAAGUACCUGGUGCCCUCAGAUCUUACCGUAGGCCAGUUCGUCUACGUUAUCCGGAAACGGAUCAAGCUGGCUCCGGAGAAGGCGAUCUUCAUCUUCGUCGACGAGGUCCUCCCUCCAACCGCGGCGCUGAUGAGCGCGAUAUACGAGGAGCACAAGGAUGAGGACGGCUUCUUGUAUGUCAGCUACUCGGGAGAGAACACGUUCGGGGAGCCGUCAAGAGCAUGAUCAAACUCUGGGUGCUCUGGGCCAAGCAACUAGACGGACAUUCCUCCCCAGCUAUACCCAUGCCUCACUCUCCUCUAUACGUCUCAUGUAUUCUAUCGAUCGUCUUCCGUACAAUGGCACGCUGAAUGGAUAAUAUGUAUUCAUGUGAUC